CAAGAACGUGAGUUAUUUCCCUUAUAAAAUUGGAACUCUUCUUUGUUAGCGUAACUUCCGCUGACUACAACGUAUGUUGUUAUGGACGCCUCCGCCGAAUUAACGCUAUUUAAUGACUGGACGAUCGCCAAACUAAGAGAAUUUUUGAGAGAGAAUAAUCAAAUAAUAUCAGGUAGCAAAAAGGAACUUGUCGAAAGAGCACGCGGCGUUAUUAUUCUUAAACUAACGGCUGUCCAAGGGCAAAACAAUCAGUCUGAGAAAAACUCCAAGUCGUCAACUUUUCCAGAUGGAGAACCUAUACCCGAUAUCCGCACUCUGUCUAACUGGUCAUCAGAUUUUACUAACAUUCCCGAUUUUUCAGAGAAAGAUAUUUAUAAUUAUCUUGUAAUCAAAAUGAACACUAAACGUCAACUUAAAUCAAAAGUGUUCCUUGAAGAUAAACAUGUCCAUUCGGUGGAAUACAACCCUAUCAAUAAUGAAAGUUCUCAUUGUGCCAUACGUUGUAAAGUUAUACCAUCAUUCCCAUCAGCUGACAUGAGCAAGCGUCCUGACUAUGAUGUGUCAACAUUUUUGUCAAAGGUUACAGGCAAUGUGUUCGCUGCACAUUGCACCUGUACAGCAGGUUUUGGUGAGGCGUGCAACCACAUUUCUGCAUUACUUUAUACAAUUGCUGACAUUGCUGAAAAAAAGAAAAGUGGUCUUCUUUCAUGUACGUCAACAAAAUGUGUGUGGAACAACCCAAGGAAAAGAAAACUUAGUCCAAAAAAGUGCAGUGAAAUAAAAUUCAAAAAGUUUUCAUUUGGCUGUUCAUCAGUUCUAGAAAAUAAAACCAGCAAAUCUGCAACUAACAGCAUCAUAGCAUCAACAACAUUCAACGUAGAAAGAUUUAGAAAAACUCUUGUUGAAAAAAAAUCUAAAGCAGGCUGGCUUACAUAUUUUGCAAAGAAAAAAGAUGGUACUGAGGAAAAUAUACCAUUGCUUCAUAAUAUUUUAUUUAUGUAUCAUGAUAGUGUAGAUAUGUGUAAUUCACAAGUACAAAGUGAUUUGUGCAAAUAUUUUGAGUCUCUCUCUGUGUCAGAUGCUGAUUGUGCCAAAAUUGAAAAACUUACAAAGGGUCAAAACAAAAGUCAGAACUGGUUUGAAUGCAGGAAAGGAAGGUUGACAAGUUCAAAUUUUGGAAAAAUUUGUAAGCUAAGGCCAGAAACUGACCCCCAAAAUUUAUUGAAAUGCUUUUUGUAUGAUGUUUCCUUUCCCACCAACAAAUUUGUCAGGUGGGGAAUUGAACACGAGCCUGCUGCUAGGAGAUUUUAUUGUAAACUGUAUCCUUCAUAUAUAGUGAGUCAGUCAGGACUUAUUGUUAAUCCAAAAUACCCUCAUCUAGGUUGUAGUCCUGAUGGUAUUGUUACAUUACCAACUGGUAUCCCCGCCACCAUGGAUUAG